CUCCAACUCCCCCGCCCCGCGCCUGCAACCAGACGGCUCCAGAAGCUUCCUCCAUUAGUCUAUCUGACCGCGUUGCUUUUAUUUAUCGAGCCCCUCGUCUUCCCCCCGUUCCGCCAGAUCCACGCGUUUUGGUGCUAUUGACCGUCGACUCUUGAAGGGAUUUGCGAAUUUGCGACUUGGAUCUGCACGGAGAUCGGCUCUCAUGGCGGAGGAGGGGUACAAGGUUACGCUGAACGUGUACGACCUGAGCAACGGCCUCGCCCGGCAGCUCUCCACCUCCUUCCUCGGCAAGCCCAUCGAGGCCAUCUGGCACACGGGCGUGGUGGUUUACGGGAACGAGUACUUCUUCGGCGGCGGGAUCCAGUCGACGCCGGCGGGCUCGACGCCGUACGGGCGGCCGAUGCGGGUGGUGGAGCUGGGCGUCACGCACGUCCCGCGCGAGGUCUUCGAGGACUACCUCCGCGACAUCGCGCCGCGCUUCACGGCGGAGACGUACCGCCUCCUCACCCACAACUGCAACAACUUCAGCAACGAGGUCGCGCAGUUCCUCGUCGGCGCCGGCAUCCCCGAGUACAUCCUCAACCUCCCCUCCGAGGUCAUGUCCAGCCCCAUGGGCCCGCUGAUCAUGCCCAUGAUCCAGAACCUCGAGUCCACGCUGCGGAACAACGCCGCGCCGCAGGCCACGCAGUUCGUGCCCACGCCCGCCUCCGUCUCCGUGCCGUCGGCGCCCGAUAAGGCCGCCGUCAAGCGGGAAGAGCCCGCGCCGCCGCCGGCGGCGGCUGAGGCUUCGAAGGAAGCUGCCGCUCCCGCUUCUGCUCCCGCUCCUGCAGCUGACCCGCUCGGGAGCGCGAGGGGGAAGGUGCAGGAGGAGGUGAUGAGGGAGUUCGCGGCGAUCAUGGCGAGCGGGACGCUGCGGGCCAGCGAGGCGGCGGCGCUGGCGAUGCGCCGGGUCAUGGAGCGCCACGGCGACGGCGCCACCAUGCAGCAGGGCUAGGCGGCGCUUUGUGGGCGCAUUUCAGCUCAUGGGAAUCUGUCAAGUGCAUGCUGCUGCCGCCGUACCAAGAUUGAAAACGUAGAUUAUCGCCAUGUCUGUCUGUCUGGACAAUGGUUAAGAUCAUUUGGGUUGUUAAUUGCGACCGGACCUGCCCAUCCGAUGGGCGAUUAAUUGACAAGAUACGUUAAUUAUGUGUUGUACGAAUGUUCGAUCAAUGUUCUUCCAAUCGGUUUUCGGUGGUUGUUUUUGCUAGACUAGAGCAAUGUCAAUUCUGGCGCUUUGUUUCA